GUUCCUCACAAGUCAUAUACAAAGUUUUUGAAUUAUAAGUGGUUUGAAAUAUGGCAGGUAUUGCUACAGUGAUGAUGCUCAUAACUACCAUGCACUUGGCUUCUCUUGUGAGAGCCCUAAAUGUAAAUUACUAUGAAAAUGCGUGCCCUCAUGUGGACUCCAUUGUAGCUGCUUCUGUUCACAAAGCAACCAUGAAUGACAAAACUGUUCCAGCUGCUCUCCUUCGGAUGCAUUUUCACGAUUGCUUCAUAAGGGGUUGUGAUGCCUCUGUUCUUCUGGAAUCAAAGGGGAAGACCAUAGCAGAAAAGGAUGGACCUCCUAACAUUUCAUUGCAUGCAUUUUAUGUCAUUGAUAAUGCUAAGAAAGCACUUGAAAAAGUAUGCCCCGGAGUGGUAUCUUGUGCUGAUAUUUUGGCUCUUGCUGCUAGGGAUGCUGUUUCUCUGUCCGGUGGCCCUACUUGGGAUGUUCCGAAAGGAAGAAAGGAUGGAAGGAUAUCAAUGGCCACUGAAACCAGACAAUUGCCAGCUCCUACAUUCAACAUCUCCCAAUUACAGCAAAGCUUCUCUCAAAGAGGCCUUUCCUUGGAGGAUCUUGUAGCCCUCUCAGGAGGUCACACACUAGGAUUCGCUCACUGUUCAUCCUUUCAGAACAGAAUCCAUAAAUUCAGCUCAAAGCAAGACAUUGACCCUUCCAUGAAGGCUUCAUUUGGAAGCAGGCUGAGAAGCGUAUGCCCCUCUCAUAACAAGGUGAAAAUUGCAGGAAGCUCGUUGGAUUCUAGUUCAACCUUGUUUGACAAUGCUUAUUACAAGCUGCUCCUUCAAGGAGAGAGCAUAUUCUCUUCUGAUGAAGCUCUGCUAACUCAUCCCACCACUAAAGCUUUGGUUUCCAAGUUUGCUUAUUCUCAAGAGGAAUUUGAAAGGGCCUUCGUCAAGUCCAUGAUCAAGAUGAGCAGCAUCACCAGCGGUGAACAAAAACAAAUCAGGCUCGAUUGUAAAUUCGUUAGAUGAUUCGUAGUUUGUAUUGAAUCAAAUGUGUUUGUGCUGUCACAAUGGUGUUUUUACUUGUGUACUGUCACCAUUUUUCUAGCAACAUUUUCGCAGAUGAAAUAAAUGUCAAACUGAGGAAAAAAUGUUUAUGGUAAUCCAUGACUAGUGGCCGAAGCAAGUAUUCAAAAUUCCAUUGAAUUUUCAGUCUUUAUUUCGAUGCUGUGGGUGAAUCCCAUGAAUUUUGUUUGUCAUCUGCUGAUACUACAAGGAUAAUAGUUUAAAUUAUGAGUUU